AUGUCAACUUAUUCAAAUAAAUCUAAAACGCUUCCACCCGCGCUGAGUAACGCAGGUAGCGCUCGUGGAUCUUAUAAGCCACCGCCUCCACCGAAAUCAGUGCGAUCGAGUCAUUCUAAGAAAUCUCAUAGCAAUAAGCCAGCAACUCAAAGUCAUCCACCAAGUAGAAUGGAUUUACUGAGAGAGAAGAGCAACGUACACUCAAUUGAUAAUUCGAUACCUUCACCGGUGGAUGAGGCUAGAAUUAACGAUAUCACUAACUCCGGAUAUCACCGUCCUCAAGAUGAACCUAGCCUCCGCUCUGAGCUGUUGACUGACGUUCCAGAGGAGUACGAGCAUGGUAAUGAUACAAAGUUAUCUGAAUUACGCGCGAGAUUGGAAGCCCUGGUUACUCAAGGCACUGGUCCAAACCUCGGUAGCUUUGGCAUUGCUGCCGAUCAUGAUGACAUGGGUACCCUUAGAGCUCCAUCAGUUGCCCCAAGUGCCGAUGCAACUCCUAGAGAUGUUCACGGUGGUCCGAAGAGUAUCAAGAACUACGCUCCUUCACUACACCAAUCUCAUUAUGCUGAAAUUAUGGAAGAACACUCUCCAGAACAGCCAGAGCAUGUUGAGAGACAUACUGAGCGUGUUGAACAUUAUCCGGAGCAUUCAGAGAGGCAUAUCGAGCGCGUUGAUGAUCAUCCACAGCAUUUUGAGAGGCACGUUGAGCGUUCAGAUCAUCAUCCCGAGUAUCAUGAUCAGAAUGAGCAUUCAAAUCACCCUGAUCAUGUCAGUAUACAUCAUUAUCACCAUGUCCAUGAUUCUCCACACGCAGCCACCCAUUUACCCUCUCACCCACCUUCUUUGAUACCUUCAAUUGCUCAGACUCGCGCUCCAUCACGAAUGGACUCGAGUAGGGGCUUUUCAGCAGUGCCUUCGCAUCACCAUUCACACGCUCCUUCACAGCACCACUCACACGCCCCCUCACACCACUCACGCGCACCAUCACAUUCCUAUACACCCUCACACCACCACCACCACUCACACACACCCUCAUCCCAUCGUUCACCUUCAAAAUCAGACUCACCUUCACAUUCACAUUCUCAUGAUCCACACGAUCAUAUCAUCCAUCACGAUCAUAUCGUCCAUGACCACGACAUACCGCCGCACAUGGCACCAUACGUGACGCAAGAAGCGGACAGACGCAGGGAGUCGUCGCAACUAGAGAGGGAGUUACUAGAGAUCGUUGGUACAGCAGAAGAAUCUGAAAAUGAAAUGCGCAAAGUAAUUUCAAGACUGCAGCGUAAAUUACAAGACACGGAGCAGACGAAAGAGACUGAUGUGGCGACUGUGAAAUCGUUGCAGGAUGCGUUGCGAGAUGCUGAAUCCCGCGGUAUCGCUCUAACGCAAGCCCGGAAAGACGCUGAAAUAGCCGCCGCUAAUGAAGCACGACGUAUUGAAGGAUAUAGGUAUAGAGAUGGAGAGAGACAUCGGGAGCUAUCGCAUGCGGGUGACAUGAUUCGGCAGUUGCAGGUAGAUCUCGAUGAUGCGGAAGAGGAGGUAUUGUUUCUGCGCCAGAAGGCACACAAGGCGGAUAUAGUAGAGGCUGAGCGCCGAGGACGCAAUCAGGAGCGGGAGAAGCGACGCAAGGAGAAAGACAAAGAGCGUGAGCGCAAGGCGUUAGCGGCGGCGAAUGCGGCAGUGGUGACGAAUCCAAAUGGGGCAAGACACCACACUCACACGCCGCGCCAUCAUCGCACACCCAGCAUAGCUACACCAUCAACAGCUUCACCAUCACCGCGCUUAGGCACAGACACACACAGCCGCUCGCGCACCAACUCGCUUUAUGAGCCACGUCGCCGACCCAGCCAGCGUAAUGCGUACCAGCAGGCGCAAGCGCACAUGCGCCACCCUCACCACCCUCACCCUCACCCUCAUCAUCGUCAUAGUCACAGCCAGCCAUAUAACCCACACCCAACACCGCCAAUGACAGGCGCCGGACCGUAUGGGCCUGCGGGAGGUAUCUAUGAGAGUCCACCAGGAGGUGAGCUAGCGGAGCAAGCGUCGAUACGAGCGCCUUCGACAGUGGCAGAUCCGCGAUUGGGACCAUACAGACCACCGCAGCCAGACCGAGUCGAGGACCUGUACAACUACUACGAACCCCCAGGAUGGCCGCAAAUGGGACGAGCGCCAACGAUGACCGACCGAGCUAGCGUACAACCUAACGGGAGUCCCGUUGAACCCAACCAUACACCACUCAGUGUAGUUAACCAGCCGUCGCACCUGGAUGGAGAGGAACACCCUCUCGCGCCAGGACACAGCGACGGCAAUCGUUAUCGGCGUGCAAGCGGAGCAUACACACAACCCACACAUGCGGCCAGCGAGCAGAUCAGACGCUCUGCUGAACCCUUACAUACCCAUGCAAAUAGAGGAGGAGGAGCAGGACCCCCAUAUCAUCCCGUUGUCGUCGAACCGGGACAAGGCGAAAGAGGAGAAACGGGGAUUCAAGUACAAAAUGAAAUGGGUGCUGGAUCAGCUCUAGGAUUGGAUAUGGAAAGAGGGGGCAUUCCUCAUCAUCAUCAUCAUCACCAGCCUGUACCGGGCGGUUUGAGCAGAGGUCCUUCUCCUCUGCCGGAAAUUAGUCUUGAGCCUCCAUCUUUGAAAGGGACGCCUGUGCCGCACGCACCUCACGCCCAUCACACCCAUCACACCCAUCACGCACCGACGAUGGAUCCUACCGGUGUACCUCUUCCUGAAUCUGUGUUUGGGGGGUCGACUGGAACGCAUCAUACGCAUGGGACACAUGGGACGCAUCACACUCAACCUGUUCACCACGCACACCAUUCACACCACCCUGCUCACCCUCACCCUCACCAUACUCACACUCAAAUGCCCACACCCACUGGACACGCUCGCAAUGUGCCACUGCCAGACUCGGUGAUAGGGUCGCCUGUCAUGUCGGGAGCGACGGCGUACCGAGGAAUGGCACCGGUGGAACCGAUGGCACCGAUACACCAAGCUGAACCAUCGCGACCACCUUCAAUGAGUGGGAUGAGUGGGAUGCCAUUUGGCGGCGGUGGUAGUGGGUUCAGCGGCUAUCCGGGAGAAGUGCACCCACUCAGUCAGGCAGCAGCCGGGAUGCACGUCGAGGGUGCACACCCGCCUCCGCUAUGA